GUAAGAGCCACGGCAGUUUGUCGCCGCGCACCGCCAAACGCGUACGCCACGCCGCCGACAGCCACUGACCGCGCCGGGACCGCUCGCCGGAACAAUCUACGCGCGAGAGACGCGACUCGGACAUCACGUGAACCCGUCGCAGUCGUAUCCGCUUGUUGCCGUCCUCGAGGCGUCACCCUGAUCGCCCUCCGAUGAUUCGCUGAACUGAUCGUCAUAGACAGCUCUCACUAGUCGCCUCAUCCCUUAAAACCAAACACCAACCCUCCCGACAAGACGGCACCGCCUCGUGCCACCAUGAACCCGACGGCUGGCGUGCCCACCGUGCUCGAGGAUGCCGCGCUGUACAGGUACGAGAUGUGCCGGAACAUGUCUUCCGCCAACGUCCCGUUAUGCGUCAACAACACCGAAUUCAUCGACUACAACAACACUGACGACGAGAUCCUCCAGGUGGAGCGCAUCGUUUCACUGGCCGUGCCCAUACUGUUCGGCAUCAUCGUGGUGGUCGGGCUGCUGGGCAACCUGCUGGUGGUGAUCGUGGUGAUGGCCAACCAGCAGAUGCGGAGCACCACCAACCUGCUGAUCAUCAACCUGGCGCUGGCCGACCUGCUGUUCAUAGUGUUCUGCGUGCCGUUCACCGCCGUCGACUACAUGCUGCCGUACUGGCCGUUCGGCGACGUCUGGUGCAAAAUGGUCCAGUACCUGAUCGUGGUGACCGCGUACGCGAGCGUCUACACGCUGGUGCUCAUGUCGCUGGACCGGUUCCUGGCCGUCGUCCAUCCGAUCGCUUCCAUAUACGUGCGCACCGAGCGCAACGCGUCCUCCGCCAUACUCGUCACGUGGGUGCUGAUCGUACUGCUCGCGUUACCAGUGCUCGCCAGACACGGCGAGGUCACGUACACGUUUUCCAGCACCGAGCACACGGCGUGCAUAUUCCUCGAAAGCGACCAGAAGAACCGACCGGACGGUUACAACAAGCCGGCGUACCAGAUAUUCUUCUUCCUCACGUCGUACGCGAUACCUCUGGCCAUCAUAUGCAUCCUGUACGUGCUGAUGCUGAUGAGACUGUGGAAAGGAGUGAACCCAGGCGGGCAACCACCGUCGGCCGAGAGCCGGAGGGGCAAGAAGAGGGUCACCCGAAUGGUCGUCGUCGUGGUCGCCAUAUUCGCCUUCUGCUGGUUUCCGAUACAGGUUAUAUUGGUGCUAAAAAGCAUUAACUAUUAUGAAAUCACGGCUAUCAGUGUUAUCGUCCAGAUAGUCAGCCAUUGUCUUGCGUACACCAACUCAUGCCUGAAUCCAAUAUUAUACGCGUUCUUGUCGGAGAAUUUCCGGAAGGCAUUCAGAAAAGUGAUAAUUCCAUGGAGACCGGAAGUGAACGUCCAAGGGAGAUUCGCAAACGGAGAUGCCCGAUCGAUGGCUGUCACUAGGACGACUAGGACGACUAACAACGACAUACUUUGAAAUACCGGAAAGAAAAUAUCGAAAUAAAACCAAGGAUAAAACAUUUAAGAUUCGAGUGACACGAGAACGUAUAGAAAACACGGAGCUCAAUACAGAAUGAAAACGAAUAUUGCAUGUUACUAUACAUAAACGUAGUCAAAAUACAAUACUAUAUAAUAUUAUAGAUGUUAAAUAAAUAUGUUAAAAUUAAUAAGAUUAUAUUAAGUUAUCUAUCGUAAGUCAAAUUAUUUUACCACUUUGUUGCUUUCGUUUUAAAUCGUAUGAUAUUUUUUAAAAUACCAAUACUUUAGAAUCUAUCAAAACGUAU